AUGGAUAAUCUUUACGCUUAAGAAAUAAGAUAGCGAUAUCACUCAUCUAUGACUUACUAAGAAUACUUGGAUACUUAUGAUAAACCUCCUCCUAAACCUUAAAUUAGACCCAAAGAAACUCCUUAAUUACUCGAACCAUUAAUUUUAGAAGGACAUAAAGGUCCUAAAAUUUAAUAAUAGAAAUUGACUGUUUAUUCUCCUGACGAUGUCAUUUUUGAGGAAUCUGAGAAUGAUGAGAAGCCCAAAGCUCUAAAUAACAUAUCAUGCUAAAGAGCAUUAAAAGAACAUAAUAUUAGAAUAAGAAGCUAGAGCGAGAAUUUAGGAUUUUCAGUAUUUCGAUUUUUGCAAUAAAAGAAAAAUAAAUUCCCAUGAUUCAUUAAUUUUUAAACAUUGAUUUCUUUCAACACUUAUCUAAAGUUGAUUGCCUACUAACAAAA